GGCUGGCUGGCGCCGUGGGGAGACCGCGGUGGCCGGGCGCCUGCGCUGGGGCGGCCGGGCGCUCCCCAUAUAUCCGGGGCCGCCACCUCCGGCCGGAGACCAGCACAGAGCCCCGGGCAGACCACACCGCCAUCGGACGUCCUCCGGCCGACACUACAGCACAGUUCAGGAUGACCAGCUCCGUGGGACGAUGGGCGGUGCGGCUGCUGCUCUGUCUCACAGCGAUCACAUCACAGAUCCUAGCGAGGGCACCGCCAGGUCGGAUGAGCAGACGAGCUCCUGCAUCUACCGAACUGGGCGAGUUCCUACAGCUGGGGGAGGCCACCGGCCCGCUGAAGACGACCCGCCAGUCGGGCUCAGUGAUGAUCGAGUGCGAGUUCAUGGGCUCACCGCCGCCUGUGGUCCAGUGGCUCAGGGGGAAGGCCGUCCAUGCCCAGGACCGGCCGAGUGACAAGCUCGCCGAGCUGCGGAGCGAGCUGUCGGGUAUGGAGCCUCUGCCGCUGGACUCGGCCACAAGUAUCGGGACGACCCGCGCCCGGCUGUACCUCGACUGUGUCAGUCCUGCCGACCAGGGCGAGUAUACGUGCCAAGGAAGAACGCCCAGUGAGGUCACCAGCUCCACAACCCAGCUCUACGUUACAGAGCCGCUGAGCGAGGAGUCCAUCCUGGCCUGCGAGGAGGCCAAGGGCUCGCCGUUCCAGGCUGUGCGCGUCGUCCAGUGGCGACCAAAGAUUCUCGCCAUGAUGGGCACCCAGGCUCGCCUGGUUUGCAUCACCAGCGGCUUCCCAGCGCCAUCUAUUAGCUGGACACGGAACUACCAGCCGCUGGAGACCGGAUCGGGCAGAAUCACGGUGACCCCCAGCGGGGACUUGAUCAUCGACGACCUUCAGUGGUCCGACAUGGGCCAGUACCAGUGUAUCGCCAGCAACGAGAUCUCGUCCGACUCAGUGACGACCUUCCUCUACCCGUUCAAGGCCGGUAAGUAGACGGCAGCUGCUGUGGCACACCGUUGGAGGCGUCUCAUGGAUUGACGAGAGCCGUGGACUGAACUGUCGUGUGAACUCCGAGACGGUCCGAGCCAGGCCAGCCAGUCCUCGAGCCGGACCCAGAGUUGGAUCCACCAGUCGGACCCCCGGGGUCCCGGAGGCGGACCCACCAGUCCACGAGGCGGGUCCGCCGGUCCCCAAGCCGGACCCGUCCGUUCCCGAGUCGGGUUCGCCAAUCCGAGAGUCUGGUCCGCAUCAGCCACCAGAUGAGACACCCGUUCCGACACAGUGAUCACAUACUGUGCUAGUCCACCCAUUGUUAUGAUUUUAAAGGGACUAUCCCACCUUUAACAUGGGGUUUGAGUUGAGAUAGCCAAGUUUGCGGCGAGGUUCAGAAACCACUAUCUAUCUAGGUUGCAACCCCCGCGCCCUCUUGGUGUUGAAGAAAUUCGUUCCCUUCAUUUGAAAAUGGGCCUUGUACAAGGCCCUAUCUUCAACAUGGAGCGACCGUUAGUGUGACGUCACCUCGUUUAGUCAUUCUGAUUUAAAUGGGUUUGUUCGUUGAAAAAUCGCUUAAAACUUGGUCUGAACUUUGUUGUGGUGCCUACAGAGUAAAAAGAAUCAGCUUUAUGAUAGUAAUGUGGCCUGGGGAAGGAGGUAAUUUUGGGCUGUGACGUCACAUAUUUGAAAGUUUGUGUUUGGAAUAUGGGAAGCCUAAGAUGUUUAAUGAAAAAUAAAUGCCAGAACCGUGUUCCUGGUCAUCCAAUCUAUAAAGUCGGGCACAAUUUAACUGGUUUUAACAACAUUUUAGAAGGUGGGAUAGUCCCUUUAAGGCCAGCGACUCAGAGUCGGCGGCAAUCGCAUACUGUGAAGAUACGUUGUGUUCUAUGAAUUGAAUUCAGUGAUGAAAUACACAAUCAAUGUGCAA